AUGCCUAAACGUAAACACGCUUCCAUUCCGUCUUCCUCCUCUGCAUCGCCUGAUGGAUUCCUACGUUCUUCCCGCCGUAAGCGCCUUAUUAGUAUCUCGGCUAUGCCUCCAUUCUAUGACUGUGGAGAUUGCAUCUGCAUCUGCGAGUUCUGUGGAGCUCUUUUCUGGUUUGCUGAAAGAAAUAUUACCCAUUCCACGCUGCUGGAACUUGGAGAACAUCCACCAUACCUUCCAGUUUGUAUACAUAUUUUCUUACAUUUUUGUACCUUUUACCACAAAGAUUUCAUCGGUGUCCUUACAAAAAUACGAAACUGCACAAAAAAGAAUGGAGCACCUUUUGUGCUUCUGGUACUUACUGAUGAAAGCGGGGACGAACUGGCGAUCAACCUCUGGAAAGAAUGUACCAUCUCUCCUGAAAAAUUCAACCUUGAACAGCUGAUACCACCACCUGCAACAACGGUUGUUGCAGUCACUAACUUAAAAGCAUCAAAGAACGAAGGAACGCUAAGGCAUGGAUCAUCCAGUGCAACUCAUAUAUAUGCAAAUCCACAAAUUCCAGAGACAACAAUCCUUAUCAAUAGAUUCACAGGCCCCUGUAGACCAAUCCAAGCCCCAUCAGGUGUUCCAAUAACUUUGGAUAAAUUGACAACCAAAUCACGCUCUGAAUUGCAGGACAAAACCUUUGCAGUUAGAGGAUCCAUCCUGGAAAUCUCAUUCAAGGAUUAUUGGUGUCAAGUGAUGUGUCCUACAUGUAAAGAUCCGAUUUUUGAAAAAAGAAUGCAUUGGUUUUGCAGUGCCCAUGGAACAGUGCAGUCACCAACAUUUCUUUAUAAAUUAACCGCAAGAGUCACAGACAAUAUUGCCACCAUAACUGCAUCUAUCACUGACAAUGCCGCACGCAAGAUUACUGGAACAACUCCAGACAAGAUUUUCUCUGAAGAUAACCGCACGAACCGAAGAACUAUGCCUCCCAUAAUUAGCCAACUAAAAGGGUCACUGAAAAACAUAUCAAUUCAAUUGUUAAAAACAUCACCACCAGAAACUAUCCGUUUCUUGAUUGUAGAUAUGACAGACACCAAUAGCCUUACCCCAUCAGCACUUCCAACAACCUCUACACCUCCAUCUCAUAUGAAACACAUCACUUCCAAAGAUACCUAUGGUGAUUCAUCAUCAACUCCACAGACAUCAGACAGUAGAAGAAUGCUAUCAUACGAAACUCCAGAUGACACUCCACCACAGAAAGUACAGAAACAGUCUCACAACUAA